AUGCGAUCCUGGAUUUCCAUCCUCACCUUCCUAUCAACCUCGCUACUAGCGACCGCAGGACCGGUCCCAGCCCUUUCUAUCAGAUGUAGUAAUACUACCAGCACUAAUACUACUACUGGAUUAACAACCCAGCGACUCCUCACCAUCUCCCCCAACUCGGCGAGUUGCGACAAUGCCCCCGCCCCCGGCGAGUGCAGCACCGCCGCCCAGGCCGUCCCUUUCAUCACCAAGUCCUUCGUCACGUACAAUGUGACCUCGCUGGCGGAGCAGGCUGCGCUUAUCAGCCUGAUGGCGUUUGAGUCGGGCGAUUUCAAGUACAAUCGCAAUCACUUCCCGCCGCCGGGGAGGCCGGGGCAAGGCACUCGAAACAUGCAAUCCCCAACCUACAACCAGCAAUACGCCGCCUCCAUCCCGGCGCUCGCCUCGCAGUACCGCUCUGUCUCGGGCAACGUCUCCGCCGUCCUCGACCUGUUGCUGUCGGACGAGACGUACGAUUUCGGCUCCGCGGCCUGGUUCCUGACCUCGCAGUGCACGCCGGCCGUGCGGGCUGCGCUGCAGUCGGGCUCCGAGGCCGGCUGGGAGGGGUAUAUCACCAGCUGCGUGGGCACGACUGUUACGGAUGAUCGGAAGGCGUAUUGGACGAGGGCGGUGCAGGCGUUAGGUGUGAAGAGCCAAGCUCCGACGAAGAAGAUGAAGAUGAAGACACGGAAGUGGUGA